AUGCGUGGCCCAAGAAAACUGGAAGUAGUAGAGGUCAAAUCUCGACAAAUCACUAUCCGCUGGGAGCCAUUUGGAUACAAUGUAACUCGUUGCCACAGUUAUAAUCUCACCGUCCACUACUGUUACCAAGUCGGAGGACAGGAGCAGGUGCGAGAGGAAGUGAGCUGGGAUACAGAAAAUUCACACCCCCAGCACACGAUCACUAACCUGUCACCAUACACCAAUGUUAGUGUGAAGCUCAUCCUCAUGAACCCGGAGGGACGGAAGGAAAGUCAAGAACUCAUCGUACAGACAGAUGAAGAUCUCCCAGGUGCUGUUCCUACUGAAUCCAUCCAAGGAAGUACCUUUGAAGAGAAGAUAUUUCUUCAAUGGAGAGAACCAACUCAAACGUAUGGUGUAAUCACUUUAUAUGAGAUCACCUACAAAGCAGUCAGUUCCUUUGACCCAGAAAUAGAUUUGUCCAAUCAAAGUGGAAGAGUUUCAAAACUAGGAAAUGAAACCCAUUUUCUGUUUUUCGGACUGUAUCCAGGGACCACGUACUCCUUUACCAUCCGAGCGAGCACAGCUAAGGGUUUUGGGCCUCCAGCAACAAACCAGUUCACCACCAAAAUAUCAGCACCCUCUAUGCCAGCUUAUGAACUUGAGACACCUUUGAAUCAAACUGACAACACAGUGACAGUCAUGCUGAAACCUGCACACAGCAGAGGUGCACCUGUCAGUGUCUAUCAAAUAGUUGUUGAGGAUGAACGUCCUCGAAGAGCUAAGAAGACAACGGAAAUCUUAAAGUGCUACCCAGUGCCGAUUCACUUCCAGAAUGCUUCAAUACUGAAUUCGCAGUACUACUUUGCUGCAGAAUUCCCAGCAGACAGCCUGCAGGCUGCUCAGCCCUUCACUGUUGGUGAUAAUAAGACAUACAACGGAUACUGGAACACUCCCCUUCUCCCCCAUAAGAGCUACAGAAUUUAUUUCCAAGCUGCUAGUAGAGCCAAUGGGGAAACCAAAAUAGACUGUGUUCGAGUGGCCACAAAAGCUGCGAUAAUCGUGACUCAGCUUACAACACCUUACAUUCGCAUCGCCCCUGCUGCAGGCGACGGCCAACUAACAGGAGCUGCUACUCCAAAACCAGUCCCAGAACCUGAGAAACAAACAGACCACACAGUUAAAAUUGCUGGAGUCAUCGCCGGCAUCUUGCUCUUCGUUAUCAUAUUUCUUGGAGUUGUGUUGGUAAUGAAGAAAAGGAAACUAGCCAGGAAGCGGAAGGAGACGAUGAGUAGCACCCGGCAGGAGAUGACCGUGAUGGUGAACUCCAUGGACAAGAGCUACGCUGAGCAAGGCACCAACUGCGACGAGGCUUUCUCCUUCAUGGACACACACAACCUGAACGGGAGAUCUGUGUCUUCACCGUCGUCCUUUACAAUGAAAACAAAUACGCUGAGCACAUCGGUGCCUAAUUCUUAUUACCCAGACCCAUUUGUGCCAACUGCAAUCUUAGAUGAAACGCACACGAUGGCCAGCGAUACCAGCAGCCUGGCGCAGUCCCAUACAUACAAGAAGCGCGAGCCGGCUGACGUGCCCUACCAGACCGGGCAGCUCCACCCUGCCAUCCGGGUGGCCGACCUCCUUCAGCACAUCACACAGAUGAAAUGUGCCGAGGGCUACGGCUUCAAGGAGGAAUAUGAGAGCUUCUUCGAAGGGCAGUCUGCACCGUGGGACUCCGCUAAGAAAGACGAGAACAGAAUGAAGAACAGAUACGGGAACAUCAUUGCAUAUGAUCAUUCCCGGGUGAGGCUGCAGACAAUAGAAGGAGACACCAACUCAGACUAUAUCAAUGGAAAUUACAUUGAUGGUUAUCAUCGGCCCAAUCAUUAUAUUGCUACCCAAGGGCCGAUGCAAGAGACCAUCUAUGACUUCUGGAGGAUGGUGUGGCAUGAAAACACUGCAAGCAUAAUAAUGGUGACCAACCUGGUGGAAGUGGGAAGGGUCAAAUGCUGCAAAUACUGGCCAGAUGACACAGAGAUAUACAAAGACAUUAAAGUUACCCUGAUAGAAACAGAACUACUAGCUGAAUAUGUGAUAAGAACAUUUGCUGUUGAAAAGAGAGGCAUUCAUGAAAUCCGAGAGAUCAGACAGUUUCACUUCACGGGCUGGCCGGAUCAUGGGGUCCCCUACCAUGCCACGGGCCUGCUGGGAUUUGUCCGGCAGGUCAAAUCCAAGAGCCCGCCCAGUGCAGGCCCGUUGGUGGUGCACUGCAGUGCUGGUGCGGGCAGGACCGGCUGCUUCAUCGUCAUAGACAUCAUGCUGGACAUGGCCGAGAGGGAGGGGGUGGUGGACAUCUACAACUGUGUCCGGGAGCUGCGGUCGCGGAGGGUGAACAUGGUGCAGACAGAGGAGCAGUAUGUGUUUAUCCAUGAUGCAAUCCUGGAAGCCUGUCUUUGUGGAGAUACCUCUGUCCCUGCUUCCCAAGUUAGGUCUCUGUAUUACGACAUGAACAAACUGGACCCACAGACAAACUCAAGCCAGAUUAAGGAGGAAUUCCGGACCCUAAAUAUGGUGACACCAACGCUGCGUGUGGAAGACUGCAGCAUUGCCCUCUUGCCCCGGAACCAUGAGAAAAACCGGUGCAUGGACAUCCUGCCCCCGGACCGCUGCCUGCCCUUCCUCAUCACCAUUGACGGCGAGAGCAGCAACUACAUCAACGCCGCCCUGAUGGACAGCUAUAAGCAGCCUUCGGCUUUCAUAGUCACCCAGCACCCUCUGCCAAACACGGUCAAGGACUUUUGGAGGCUGGUCCUGGAUUAUCACUGCACGUCUGUGGUGAUGCUGAAUGACGUGGAUCCUGCCCAGUUGUGUCCACAGUACUGGCCAGAAAACGGAGUACACAGGCAUGGCCCCAUCCAAGUGGAAUUUGUUUCUGCCGAUUUAGAAGAGGACAUUAUCAGCAGGAUAUUCCGUAUUUAUAACGCAGCCAGACCCCAGGAUGGAUAUCGGAUGGUGCAGCAGUUCCAGUUCCUGGGCUGGCCAAUGUACCGGGACACACCGGUGUCCAAGCGCUCCUUCUUGAAGCUCAUCCGCCAAGUGGACAAGUGGCAGGAGGAAUACAACGGUGGCGAAGGCCGCACGGCAGUGCACUGCUUGAACGGGGGAGGCCGCAGUGGGACGUUCUGUGCCAUCAGCAUCGUGUGCGAGAUGCUCCAGCACCAGAGAACCGUGGACGUCUUCCACGCCGUGAAGACGCUGAGGAACAACAAGCCCAACAUGGUGGACCUCCUGGAUCAGUACAAGUUCUGCUAUGAGGUGGCCCUGGAAUACUUGAAUUCUGGCUGAUGGCGUAAACAGCUCCGCAAACAAGUGCUUUCAUACCACAAAGCCAAGACGUUCCAUGGUAUUUGUGCGGACGAGAUGAAGACUUCUCAAUAUGCUUACUCUGCUUUGCAUAAUUGGCUCUUUUUAAGAGCCCAAGAAAAGGUUUAUAAAACUGCUUGCACUGCCCAGUUCCCAGUAAUGCUGCUGCCUGACACACACACACACACACACAGCAUAAGGUUGUCAAAUACUGUACUCCUGGUCACCGGCUUGUUAGAGCAGCGUAGACGGCUGGGAAAUUGAAGAGCACAACUAUAUUCUUAUGAAGGAAUUUGUACCUUUGGGGUAAUAUUUUGUGGCCCGUGACCUUUUGUUAUUGUUACAGCUGAGUGUAUGUUUUUGUUCCGUGGAGAAUGCUACUUGGCAUUAUGAUAAUAUAUUAUUUUAGUUAAUAAUUGUACUGUAACACGUUGCAUAAUACAAGCUUAUGUAGCUUUCCAGGACUAACAGAUAAACAUGUAAUGAACAAAGAUAUGUUGUAUAAGUUGUUGUUUCUAUCAGAUUUGUAUUGUUUCCAGAGGAAAAGCUCGGGAAGACUCAGUUCCAAAAUGCAAAACAAUCAGACUCACAGAUCCAAAGCUUUUCCAUGUGUUUAUAUUGUAAAUAUUUUUGAUUUCAUCAAAUUAUUUAUUCAUUAAAAGAAAUUUUUGUGAAGCACAGUGAGUGACAAUCAUUUUUAUUAAGCCCUGGAAAUGAUUUACUGUAUGAUGUUACCUUGUGUGGAUUCUCAACUCAAUAAAUGGUGACCCGUGA